UCAGAACUAGCUCCAUUCUCAUUCGAAGUUAAAGGGCACAAAGGCAAAUUUGAAAUAAGAAGUGCGGCAUGGGUUUAUGUUGAAAGCCUGGAAUCCUAAGUCAAAACAAUGUUUCACUGUCUAAGACAGAAUGGACUAUUAACUGAUUACCCCUUCAUGAAUAAUGAAAUACAUGUAAAAAUAGGAGGAGAUCAUGGCGGUGGUUCAUUCAAGCUUUCAUUUCAAAUAUGUAACACAAAGAAUCCAAACAGCAAGUCAAACACUGUGGUCUUCAGUAUCUUUGAGGCCAAGGAUAGAAGAUCAAAUUUGAAAAUUGGGACAAGUCGAUUUACAGAACAAAUUGAUAGACUACAGUCCAGCAAAUUUGGUGACCAGAGAGUAAGAGUAUUUCUUUCGGGUGAUUACAAAUUUUUAAGCAGUGCAUAUGGCAUAACCGGAGCUAACGGGAGACACCCAUGUUUGUAUUGCAUAGCAACAAAAGAAGAAAUACAGAAACCUGUGGAUAUACGUGGAAAAUUUCCUGUAAGAACCCUGGAAACUUUGAAGGAGAAUUUAGCAAAAUUUAGAGACUCUGGUGGCAAUUUGAAGAAUGCAAAAUUCAACUACAAUGUAAUUGAUGACCCACUUUUUAACAUUCCAAUUGACCAGGCAUCUUUACCUGGACUACACAUUUCCUUGGGAUGUUUUUUAAAAUUUUUUACAAUGUUUGAAGAUAAAUGCCACAGUGUGGACAUCGCGUUAGCAACCAAGAUGGCAAACGCUAAUCAGAAAACCCAAGAAGAGGAAUUUAACAAGUUUAUUGCUUUAACAUCAGAAAUAGACUUGUUAGAAAAAAAUAUUGAAGACUGUGAUGAAAAGAUCCAAUUGAUUAAUGACACCAUCAUUGCAGCUGUAAUGCGAGACCCAAACAAUGAGGAUAAAAUUAAAAACAUGUACCAACUAAGAAUUGAACACUUUGAAGCAAAAAAGAUUGAAAAGCCUAACAACUUUAUCCAAAUGUGCAAUAUACUUCCAAUCACUGUCACUAAACUUGGAUACAAUGGAUCAGACAUACAUGCAGAUGCUAUUUUACAUGCUGAAAACUUUAAACAGCUGUUUUUACAUUAUUCGAAAUGUCACAAAACAUUAAAUACACGUGAAGUUAUGAACCAAGACAAAAUUGAAAACUUUGGUAGGUAUAUUAUAUAA